CAGGAGAAAAGGUGAUGGGUUGCUGUCAAACUAUUUCAUCUAAAUCCAAGGUAAAGGGAUUCUCUUCUCUUUUUCAAUAUAUGCAUGUAAGAGAAUGCCCAUGCCCACCAUCUUAAUGCCCAUAAUGGCACAGGGCAAAGUGUGCACUAUUCACAUCCGGGCAUAAAACUUUCACUUAGGUUAUAGCAUAGCUUGUGUAUAGUUGCAAACACAAUAUUUUACUGGGCAAAAAUUAACAUGGUCACUUGAUGGUCAAACAGAUUUUUUUGUACUCAGCACAUUGCCCACAUAUAUAAAUGAGCCCUUGUGUGUUUGUUUAAUAUUCUGCCUGUCAUUUAAUAUUCUGCGUGUCUUCACCUUUACAGAACUAUUCCAAUUUUGAACCUAUAUUUGUGAAGAUUCAUGAAAUUACUGAUGUGCUGGAGCCUCCGGUGGAAUUCAUUGCCACUGUAGAGAUGCCCGACCACCCGGUGCCAUUAAUGGAUUCUCCUGAAGUGAUUGAGCCUCCUGAUGUUGGAAUGUCUCACACUGUUGGACAAAUGAUCCUAGAACAGGAGGAGGGUGGAUUUGAGUCAGAAGAGGACACGGUGGCAAACUUCACUGUCACCUCCUUUAGUGUCCCCUCAGCUUGUGAAGAAGCUUCCAAUGGCUCAGAGUCAGUCACCGAGCUACUAGGCGCAGAAGGACCCUCUGAUAGCGCCAUGCCCAGAUCUCUGGAAAACUUCAAUCUGGGAAAAGUAUUGGGUGAAGGCACCUUUGGAAAGGUGUUCCUGGCAGAGUACAAGGACACAAAACAACUGUGUGCCAUAAAGACCCUCAAGAAAGAGAGGAUUAUUGCCAAGAAUGAUAUCAAGAGUGUAUUCAAGGAGAAGCGAAUCCUUCAGAAGGUUACCAGCGCAGAGCACCCAUUCCUGGUUUCCUUAUACGCCACAUUCCAGAGUGAGAAUCACCUCUUUUUUGUUAUGGAAUAUCUUCCUGGAGGUGAUCUGUGCCAUCUGCUCGAGCAUCAAGGAGCAUUUGAGGAAUCAAAAGCCAUGUUUUACACUGCCUGUAUAGUGCUCGGCCUGGAGGAAUUGCACCGGAACAAUAUUGUUCAUAGAGAUCUGAAACUGGAAAAUCUAAUGGUGGAUGUACAUGGCUAUCUGAAAAUCGUGGAUUUUGGCCUGAGCAAAGAUGGUUUCAGAUAUGGAGAUCGCAGUAAGACCCGGUGCGGAACAAACUGCUACAUGGCCCCAGAGAUCAUUGAUGAGAUGGCAUACAGCAGGGCCGUUGACUGGUGGGCCCUUGGGGUUGUGUUAUAUGUCAUGAUCAUGUUCCAGUUCCCAUUUGAUGCAGAAGAUGACAUGGAAUUAUUUGAGAGCAUCAGGAACGACAAACCUGCCCUGACAGAGGAAUUGUCAGAGGAAGCUCAGUGCCUAAUACUAAGAUUACUGGAGAAGAAUCCAUGUCAUCGCCUCGGAUACAGCGAGGCCGGUGCUGAAGAGGUUAAAGCCCAUGAAUUCUUUGAAGAUAUUGAUUGGGAAGAAUUUCUUGAAAGAGAACUGAUGCCUCCAUUUAAACCAGAUGUCAGUGGCCUUACAGAGAGUACCAGGCAAUCUGAAUGCCAAGCCUGGGGAUUAAUGCCACCAGCUGAAGCGAUAUCACCAGAGGCACAAGAGCUGUUUGAAGGAUUUGACUAUUCAGCUGAGUGAGAGGCAAUUGCAAGGGGCAGAUAUAUGGCUGGAAAGGGCGGGUGGUGGGCCAGUCCAUAUACAAAUCAGAAGCCUCAAUGACUUAAAGUUAAUAUCAGAUGCCCCAAGUCAUCAGUUUCUGAAGGAACAGUCUAAUGGCAGCACCAAAGUAUCUGUACGUCAGCCUUAAGGGGCAGAGUUCUGGACUGAGAUUCAAAAGAGACCCUGGCAUUUCAAGUACAGAGAUCCGAACAGCCCCUUGUGGCAUUUGCCAGAAUCUACAGAUUGCCACUCCACGCCUGACCUGAUUGUGAAGGAACAGCCUAAUGGUGGAACAACAGUAUCUGCAGGUGGGCUCCAGAGUAUCUGUACAUCAGCCCUGAAGAGCAAAGUCAUUUAAGUGUCACUGAGUGAGCUACAGACUAUUGGAAGGGGCAACUAUAUGACUGGAACAGUGGGAGGAGUCACCAUAUAUCAGGUCUGGACUGAGAUUCAAAAGAGACCCUGGCAUUUCAAGUACAAACAGCCCCUUGUGGCAUUUGCCAGAAUCUACAGAUUGCCACUCUGGGCCUGCCCCAGAUACACAUGAGAAGCCUCAUUGGUACAAAAUGGAUAUCAGAUUCCCCGACAUCAAGUUGUGGAGGAACAGCCUAAUGGUGGAACAACAGUACCUGCAGGUGAGCCCACGUUCUUACAGAUAAACCCUUUAUAAGUUCAGUUACUAAAACACAAUAGUAGAUGUUGAAUAAAACCAAAUAAUUGCAUCAUUUAAAAAAAUUAUAAAUAAUAAUAUUUGUUUCCACAGCAAAAAUGUUGCAGAUUGUGUCUCCAUCUGCGUCAGCCAAAAAAGGUCUAGUACCAAGGUAAGAACCAACUCUUUCAUUUCACACCCAAUAUUUCAAGUCAAAAUGUAUUUUCAUAUUGGACCAACUUGUAUCUCAGGUUUAAUGGGCGUUUAGAUGAAAUUGCUGCUGUGUUUCUGUUUCUCAGGAGUGAGAUGGAGGCGACUGCGGUCAAAGGAAAUCUCAUCGAGUUCUCCCCUGCGCUCUCCUAGGAACCCAGGACAGGAAGGAGCUGCUCUCAUAUAUUUCAAGUUUUUCAAAAUACAUUUUCUAUUAGAUCAACCUGGGUUAUAAUUAAAGGGGAACUACUGUGAAAAUGGAAAUUUAAUAUAAGCUUGAAAAUGGAAAUUAAAAACUUUCUACCUAUAAUAAGUAUGAUACUUCUUGUUAUCCCUCCAACUCCUGCAUGGAAAGAGACAGAUUGCUGAGAGGGGGAUAGAAAAGAGGACUUUGAUUUGCCAGAAACUAAUAAUAUUUUAAAUUGAUUACACUUAAAAAGUUUCUUAUUACUAAAAGUGGAAUCUGAUAUUACAUUUUCAUUUUCACAAUAGUUCCCUUUAUUGACCAUUUAUAUGUAAUUCUUGCUGUUUGUUUCCAGGUAUGGGACGGAGCAGCUGCAGGGAAAGGGAAUCUCAUGUAACUCCCUACUGAGCUCUCUGAGGAACCUCGGCCAGGAAGAAGCCAUUGCUGCCGAGCUCCACCAGGCGUCUCAUCUGCAACCCCAUCCAGAAAUGGGGAGAAAUGACAGGAUGAGCUGAAGAGCCAUGCCACCGGAU